AUGUGCGAGCGAAAGAUGAGCGAGCAGGGGAGUGAUUUAGACUCCGUGUCUCAAAAAAAAGCUACUGAGGAAGCCUCUAUUGUGUGGACCUAUAGCAAGGUCCUGAUCUUGAUGCAGAUCCUCCGAUGGUGGGUCGAGAAAAAAGUUCCUGCCAGCCAGAUGGGAAUCUUUCUCGUUGAGGUCCUCUACCAAACGGACGCACACAUGAAUAACCGCGUGACGAGGUUGGUUGAUAGUGGCGAGACUUACGGAAACGUCGCAAAGGCUGUACUUCAGUACUACCAGAUCCGCGAUGAGAGAUUUCGCCCGCUUUGGACAAAGCUUCUCCCCGGUGACCCAGAUCUUCGCCCUGAACUCGAGCAUGCUCCUCUGAAUGGCAACGACUUUUCAGAGAGACAUUCUAAAAGACCUGGAAUAUCGCAGAUCCAUGAAGAAUUGAUCCUUUUUGCUCCAAAGCCUGUUCGACGUGUUCGCUGGCCGUUCUGGCCUAGCGAUGCGGAGUUAGAAUCCGCUCCCGACUAUCAGAGACGGUGCAAGAACAAUAUUUUCAAGGGAGAUGAUUAUAGUGAUGGUACUAUCAAUGACUAUGGGAGGGUCGUGACGGGUCAGACUAUCAUUACAGACGAAGAACCUUUAUUUGUAAAUAUGACUGCUGAAGUUAUCAACCCCCAGGAUAAUCCUCUUCCGGAUGAUGCUGACAAUACAGGAAAAGACAUCAGAACAGCCGGAUAG